AUAAAUUUAAUUGUUACAAUACAUGCACUAUUUCUCAUUAUCACCUGAAUAAGGAUAUGCAUAUCAGUUUUGAAUGACCUGAAAGAUCAAGCAGACAGAUUAAGAGUGACACAGUAGUUAGCAAUUCAGCACAUGAGGGUGUGAUGCCACUUGUUUGAAGUUAACCAAACAUGUUCAGUCUUGCAAUAUGUGUGGCAUCAGUCAUUCAGGUCGCCUUUGGCCUGAAUGGCCGUGGGCUAACUCCCCUGGACUCAGCAUCAUUUGAUAAGAUAACAUCAAAGUUUAAGGCAACACUGAUCAAGUUUGAUAAAUACUUUCCAUAUGGUCCUGAUCAUGAUGAGUAUGUCAAAAUGGCAGUCAAUGCAGCAGACAACAGUGAUUUCCUUGUGGCUGAGGUUGGUGUCAAGGAUUAUGGUGAUUAUGAAAAUAAAGACCUACUGGAAAGGUUUGGAAUAUCACCUGAAGACCUACCUGUGAUCAAGCUUUACUUCCCUGACGGCCGGCCGCCGCUGCCCUUCAGCGGCGUACCGCUGCCGCUGCCGGGCGCGCUGGCCGAGUUCGACGCUCUGGCCGGGCGGCUGGCGGCGGCCGAGCCGGCCGAGCGCGCGCCACUGCUGGCCGAGGCCGACCGGCUGCUGCGCGAAGCGCCGGCCGAGCGCCGCGACACGGCGCAGUACUACGUGCGUGUCAUGGGACGGCUGGCCGAAGAGGGCAGCGCGGUUGUGGAGACGGAGCGUCGCCGCGUGCGGGGCCUGCUGGAGGGCAAGCUGUCCGAGCAGAAGAGGCGGGAGAUGGAGACGAGACUGAACGUGCUGCAGGCGUUUGUUGCGCCCGCAGAUGGCGCGAAGGACGAACUGUGAUCUCUGGUGUCGGCUGUAUGACGGAUCGCGUUGGGACCGUGCGUUGUCGGGUGAGAAUAACCGUCCGGCGUCGGUGCGCUUGCUAAAGACUCGUUUGCAGUAGUGAUGUUACCUAUGACGUGUUUCAGGCUUUUACACUCAGUCACAUUCCACGUAGUGCACCUCUCACAUGUUUGUUUGACUGCGUUCCGACAAAUAUAGCGCGUUC